ACUCUGAAAAUGUUUAAAUUUGUAAGAAACUCAGCCAAUUGGUUUAUAACUACUAAUGAUGUUGUUAAAAUUAGUCGCAAUUUUGCUUGUCUUUGAGGCUUCGUCGGCUUCUGACUGUGUUAAGAGGACUUACGCAGGUGAUUCUUUUGUUUGUGUUUGUAAUGCUGCUAAAUGUGAUACCUUGAACAUCGAGAAGACCGUCCAACCUGGUUAUAUAGCAAUUUAUGAUUCAGACCAGAAAACAUCUCGUUUGGAUAAGACCGUUGUACCAGUUGAUGAAAUCAAGAGUCGACUUUAUCUAAAUAAUGAGUUUACUUUGAAUGUAAAUGCAAGUGAUUUGAAGCAAAAAAUACUUGGUUUUGGUGGGACACUCACUGAUGGUGCUGCUAUUAACAUUGCGACUCUUUCAGAUGAUUUAGUUAAACAACUGAUGAAUGGCUAUUUCGGUGAAAAUGGUCUUGAAUACAAUAUAGCUCGAGUGCCUGUCGGAGGAUCAGAUUCAUCGGUUCGAGCCUAUUCAUUAGAUGACACUGAGCUUGAUUUUGAUCUUGAGCACUUUUCACUUGCUGACGAAGAUAUCAAAUACAAACUUCCAUUGCUCAAAUUGGCAUUACAAUUGAACCCAAAGUUUCGUGCUUUUGGAUCUGCUUGGUCAGCUCCAGCUUGGAUGAAAACUAAUCAUGCUCUAAAUGGUAAUGGCGGUCUAAUAUGGAAACCAGGAGAUGUAUAUUAUAAGCUUUGGGCCAAAUAUUAUGUCAAAUACUUGAAUGCAUACUUGGAUAAGGGCUUCAAAUUUUGGGGAUUAACUACUGAAAAUGAGCCCGCUGAAGGAAUCGGAGGAAGCAUCUUCAAUGCUCUUGCAUUGACACCUGAACAAAUCAGAGAUUGGGUUAAACUUGACCUAGGUCCUGCUCUUAAAGCUGCUGGUUGGGGCAAAGGUAAUCUCUCACUUAUGAUUAACGAUGAAAAUACCUCGGGUAUGAAUACUUAUGUACCAGCCUGUUUAGAUGAUCCUGAAGCUGCUUCAUAUGUUUCGGGUAUAGCUUAUCAUUGGUAUUCUCGUAACUAUCCAUCUUCAUACCAGACAUUGGCAUCUAUUCAUGAUCGAUAUCCAGACUACUUUUUACUUUCAUCAGAAGCUGGUUGGACGGGUGUAGCCUCCAAAUAUUUGGGUGAUUGGGGCAGAGCUGAGGGCUAUGCUAUAGACAUUCUUGAAGGUCUACAACAUUGGUCUACUGGUUGGACUGAUUGGACUUUAGCUGUUGACACUGCGGGUGGGCCUAACUGGGCUAAAAAUUGGGUCGACUCUACAAUUGUUAUCAAUGCUACCAGUCAAGAGUAUUACAAGAAUCCAAUGUACUAUGCAAUGGCCCAUUUUACCAAAUUUUUACCCAUCGGAUCAACUCGUGUUGGAUCUAAUGUUGUUAAUGCUCCAGCAAAUGUUCACACAACUUCCUUCAUCACUCCCAACAAUACUAUGGUUUUAAUUUUAAUCAAUACAAAUAAUGAUCACAUUGACUUGACAAUCAAUGGUUUUGCCAAAGUACCAGUUGUAACAACACUCAAACCAAGAUCAUUCCGAACCAUGGUCAUUUCAUUGUGAAAAUUCACAAUGAUUUGACUCUUUCUAUUGUCUGAUUAAACCAUAUUUGACUUGUUUUAGUUUUUAAAUAAAAUUUAAGAGCAACAAUUUCAUUUAAAA